UACAAUGGCCCCCAAAUGUUGUUCGUCUCCGCAGUGUAAGAUUUUUCCCCUUUUCCGCCAAUUUGGAGUUCCCCAAACAUAGGAAAGAUAUAUACAGACAAAUAUACAGAGCAAAACAACAGUGUCAUUUCUCGUGAUUUUCCUCAAUUCAAUUUCACCCUUUUUCUCUCUCUCUCUAAAAGUGGUAAUCACUUAUGGGGUUUCUUCUUUUUCCUUCAAAGUUUUCAACUUUCUCAUUCUUGAGUCUUGACCUACACCCUUCUCUCUCACAUGCGCAUACACCUUCAAAUUACCCUUAUUCUUCUUCUUUGUUCUAUGGAGAUUUAGCUUUCCUUUGUUUGCUGCUUCAGUUGGUAGUCUUAAAAGCUGCUUCUACUUUCUGGGUUUUGUUUCUUAUGCUCUUGAUUGAAAUACAUAUAAGAAAUGCUGCUGCCUACUGAAUGCAGUAAAGAGGCAGUUGUCAAUAUGAUCAACAACCAUUUUUGGAGGUCUUUUGAUGGACUGUUCAUUUGUCUGCUUCUUUCUCUCCAUAUUGCUUAGUCUGAGACGGGUUAGAUAGACUUUUGGUGGCCACAUCGGACUUGCUUUUGUCCAUCUUCUUAGAUAUGCUUCUAGAAGCAAUGGGCGGGUUGCCUGGUACUAGUGAAAUUACCGAGUCAACAGAGGACUUAAAUCCUGCAAUCAAUAAACAGUAUUGUAUGAAGGAUGAUAUUAACAAGCUGUUCGAAGCUAUAGAAAUUAGGACUCCCCGCAGAGGUUUGAGUAAGUCAGAACAGGGUGUCAAAGAUGCUUUCAACAAAAGCGCAAUGAAGAGACCAAUGCGAUCUAGCCCCUCUCGAGCAUCAGGUUUUGAUAAUUCUGAGCCCGCUAGUUUGAAGCAGGCCUUCAGAGGAUUAUGCAUCUCUCAGGCAUCAGAGCUUGCUGCUGUGAAGAAGCGAUCAUCAAAAGCGUCCAGGCUGUCGGGCGUCUCAGAGACAGGAGCUGUCAAAAGCGUUUACAGACCUGUUGUUCAGGAUAAUGUCCCUGAACGUACCGUCAAUGAAGGUGGAGGGAAUUUAGUAGAGAUAUCCCUCAUCCCAGAUAGGAGUGUGUCAAAUACUUCUGAUCAGAUUACUGAAUAUGAACAUGUACCCACUAAAGAAAAAUCUACUUAUGCUGCUUAUUCUUGUCAUAUUUCUAAAGGUGCAACGGAACAUGGUGCAGAAAUUAGUGAAAUUUCAGAUGGAAAGGAGGCUUGCCCUCGCUCUUCUGAGAUCGGUUCUGGUUACUUGAAAGAAGGGUCAGAGCGGAAAUUAUUUCUGGAACUACCACAAUCUUCAACUGCCACUUCUGCUAAUAAAGUGGAAGCCCAGACAGUGUCUGCCUCAGAUGAAGCUCCAACAACUGUAAUCCCAUCAGACAAAGAGCAGGCACUAGAUUCUGAUCUUGUCUCUUGCUCAUGUUCUUCUAUUACUGGAAAUAAAGUCAUGAGACCUACUUCUAGAAGUCCAAGUUUGAUGAGACCUGUUUCCAGAAGCAGAAUGUUUGUUAAGAAGAAUGUCAUUUCUGCUCUCACCAACAGUUCCAAGCAAUCUAAUGGUGGAAUUGACAAUUAUUUGAGUUGUAGUACCAGUGAGAUUCCUUGUCAGACACCUGAAUAUGUUGAUCAGAGAGAAGAGGAUAAAGAACCUUCAGAAUCAUGUGGUGAAAAUAGUGUAGAAGUUAGCUCAUCUAUUCUGGAAUCAAGUGUUACUAAACCAGGUCUCAGCUCAAGCAGUUGUAACAGAACAAGAUGUAUAGUUAAAAAAGGUGAUGAAAGAUCAUUAUCAAGAGAAAAAGGAGAGAUAUCUCAAAGUUCAAAGAGUAGCAUUGGGGAUUACAGCAGCACCACAAGCCUUAGCGAAGAAAGCUAUCGUAGUGGGUCUAGCCGUAGUGGAUAUCGGCCUCAUAUGUCCGUAGAUUUGAGAUGGGAAGCCAUUCGUUGUGUUCAGAAGCAGCAUGGAAACAUUAGUUUGAAGCAAUUUAAGAUGCUUAAAAAACUUGGUGGAGGGGACAUUGGGACUGUUUAUCUGUCUGAGCUAAUGGGCACAAACUGUCAGUUUGCUGUGAAAGUUAUGGACAAUGACUUUCUGAUCAGCAGGAGGAAGAUGACAAGAGCGCAGACUGAAAAAGAAAUACUGCAAAUACUGGAUCAUCCUUUUCUACCUACACUCUAUGCUCAUAUUACCAAUGACAAGUAUUCAUGUUUAGUGAUGGAAUAUUGUCCAGGAGGUGAUCUGCAUGUGCUCCGGCAAAAGCAAGCCAACAAGAAUUUCUCUGAACAAGCAGUCAGAUUUUAUGUAGCGGAAGUUCUUCUUGCUUUGGAAUACCUUCACAUGCUUGGAGUCAUCUACCGAGACUUAAAACCAGAGAAUGUCUUGGUUCGAGAAGAUGGUCACAUCAUGCUGUCCGAUUUUGAUCUGUCUCUUAGGUGUGUUGUUAAUCCUAUGUUGGUGAAAUCAUGUUCGCCUGUGAUUAAGCCUCCAAAGACGUCUAGUCCAUGCUCGGAAUCUAGCUGCAUAGACCCCUUUUGCCUACAUCCAUCCUGGCAAGUAUCCUGCUUCACCCCUAGAUUUUUAUCUGCGACAUCAAAGACGCGUAAGCUAAAGGCUGACAUCGCUGCACAAGUCACACCUUUGCCGCAGCUCGUAGUGGAGCCAACUAAUGCCCGAUCCAACUCGUUUGUUGGCACCCAUGAGUACCUGGCUCCAGAGAUUAUCAAAGGAGAAGGUCACGGCAGUGCAGUAGAUUGGUGGACCUUUGGUAUCUUUCUAUAUGAACUGUUAUAUGGAAGGACACCAUUCAAAGGACCAGGAAAUGAGGAUACAUUAGCAAAUGUGGUUUCUCAGUGUCUCAAGUUCCCUUCAUAUCCUGUGGUUAGCUCUAGUGCGAGAGAUCUGAUCAGACGGUUAUUACAAAAGGAACCAGAGAAUAGGUUGGGAGCUGAGAAAGGAGCUGCAGAGAUAAAGCAGCAUCCUUUCUUCGAGGGACUGAACUGGGCGCUAAUACGAUGUGAAACACCUCCAGAACUGCCUAGAUUCUGUGAAUUGGGAAAUGUAAUCCCUGAUACCAACCAACAGAACAAGGAGAUUGCCAAGUCUCAGAAAGAGUUCAAAAGUAUAGAAGAGGACAUUGCGUUUGAGAUGUUUUAACUUUUACUAGACCUGAGAAUGGAUAGGUUCGUUUUUCUUUUCUCCUUUUUAGCAAAAUAUCUGUGAUCCAUGUAAGUAGUAUAUAUAGCAUAGUGUAGAAUCCAGAACUUGGCGUCAAUUGAAGAGCUCAAAAUAACAUGUUUCUAUAACGAUGUUUUGCUCGUGAUGUGAAGCAGGCAAAACGAAAAUCGGAUUUGAAGAGCUACAAAAUCAAUUCUCCUA